GCAUAUACAGAUUAGUUUCUGGCACUCGACUCGGCGUCUCUUCCUCGUUUGAGAGCUGAAAGACGGCGGAGGCGCUUCAUUUCUCUUCACUCCGCCCGCAGCAGCCGCCCAGCUCGCGCUUCCUAGCAAUUAUGUGCGACUUCACAGAAGACCAAAUUCUUGAAUUCAAAGACGCCUUCCUCCUGUUUGACCGGACAGGAGAUGGGAGGAUCUGCUACAGUCAGUGUGGGGACGUGAUGCGGGCCCUCGGCCAGAACCCAGUCAAUGCUGAGGUUCUCAAGGUUCUAGGCAACCCCAAGGCUGAGGAAAUGAACACCAAAAUGCUGGACUUUGAGCAGUUCCUGCCCAUGUUCCAGGCCAUUGCUAAGAACAAAGAUCAGGGCUCGUUUGAGGACUUUGUGGAGGGGCUGCGAGUCUUUGACAAGGAAGGCAACGGCACAGUAAUGGGCGCUGAGCUCCGCCAUGUUCUCACCACACUGGGGGAGAAAAUGACCGAAGAUGAGGUAGAAACACUCCUGGCUGGACAUGAGGAUGCCAAUGGCUGCAUCAAUUAUGAAGCUUUCGUUCGUCACAUCAUGUCUGGCUGAGAGCCAUCUCAGGAAACUCGUGCGGAUGGUCAUGAACGGUUGAAGAUAAAGAUAAAGAAAUCAACAAAUUUUUGUCUCCUUGUGCAUUUGUCUAUUUGUCGUCUUCUAUAUUUCUUGCCAUUCUUUUUGUUCAUUCAUUCCUCUGCAGCUCUUUUGCUUCUCUAUUCCGCACAUUUGCACUCAUAUUUUUAUUUUCAGAAGUGCCUUUAUCUUCCCUAGUUAAGAUCCUACAUGGCCUCAUAACUAGUGUCCGCAAAGCGCAGUGAUAAUAUAAGCACAUUGCUGCAUGAAGGAGAACUCUCUGCAAUAAAACCUCUUCAUGCAGCACAGGUUCAUGUAGUACCAUCAUCUUAGAUGCAGUAUGUCCAGUCAAUCCUCAGGCGCUUUAGUGAUUGACAAUGCUUUAUAGCAGGGCAAUUGCAUUUUCCUUUAGCUGCCUCAUACAACAAGGGGCAAUUUUAUGCAGAAAACCUUAACAUCUGAACUUAAAGGUCAUGUUUCAAAAUGUACCAUUUUCAGUUUUGUUUUUCCUCAUAGUGUUUGGGCCUAAAAUAAAAUGCAUUUUAAAACAUA